AUGUGCCCUGAGUUAAGCCUGGCCAUCAUAUACUCAGCGUAUACGAUGCGGUUGAUAGCAAAUAAAGGCAACCUGCUGUCCACAGCCUUUGCCAAAAAAACUAUCUACAACUUCUACAAAUUGUCAAAAGUCGAUGGUCGUAGGAUUCGCUGGUGUCUCUACGAACGCAUACAGUUCGAGAAAGAAAUGGAACCUUUUGACAGCGAGCCAAAAUUAGAAACGUUUUUCAUCAAAUCUAAUAGAUUUAACAGCAGUCUUUUAACAUUUUUGAAGUCUUGCGGAGAGUUUACACCAUCUGAGGCCAGUGCUGAGGGUAAAUUGUUAACAAAAAUAAAUUAUAUAAAAUCUGAAUUUUCAGAGAAGAUACCAAGAAUGAAAAAGGUGCCUGAUGAGUUGUGUAAGAGUGAAGCUCUUGCAAGUGUUGAAAAUGUCUACCAAGGGUCUACGUUAAAAAUCAUUGACCGAAUAAUUAGAGAACUUAGUGACAAAUUUGAAGCUUUUAAUAAUGUGAACAGCAUGUUUAGAUUUUUGAGUGGUGUUGAAAUUGAAAAAUUACAGAUCUAA